UAUGAUUAAUGUGGAAAAUUCUGUGAUGAACAUGAAAAAGCUAAAUUACAUGGAUACUAUACUGCUAAAAACUAAUGGAUAAAGAUAUGAUAUAGAUAGCAUUAAAUCAGAUAUUAAUGAUUUAUUGACUUUAAAAAAUAAAAAAAUUGAUGACAUACCUUCACCUACUCAUGGAGCCGAUAUUGAACCAAAAAUGCAUAAAUAUUAAAAUUUCAAAUUUAUAAUAAAUUUUUUAUAUGAAAUUGAUAAAGUCAUUACUUUAAGGUAAGCAAAGGCCUUUUAUUAUUUAUAUUCGAUUGAAGAUAUGUCUGUUAUGAUUCAUCCUCUUCUAGAUUUGAUUUUAAUGAAAUUGAGUAAUUCGAUAGUUUAAUAGAAUAAUAAUUGACAAUUCUGUUUGCUUGCAGAAGAUGCUUGAAUUAGGAAUAAAGAUUGGCAUUGGAAUAAGUAAGAUAUCAAAAAUAAUUGUUAGAACAUGAUAUCCUGUGAUAAUAUCCUUUUAAAAUUGUUUAGGGAUUUCCUUAGAUACAGAGAUCAAAGGAUAUUCAUUUAGAAGUUGUCAGAUUUUGCAAAUAGUCAAAUUAAAAAGCCAAAAGAUAAUUAAUCAAUGGAUCUUUAUAUGAAAAAAAUCGAUUAAAAUAAUCAUCAUGAGGAUUUGAUAAAAGAUAUAUGCGCAAAAUUCUUAAAAUCUAAAGUCAAAUAAAUAGAUUUAUUGAUGGAUGCUAUUGAUAAGGAUAACAUUAUGUUGAAGUCUUCAUUAGAAGUCUAUGAUUAUAAUUUAGAUAAGUAGGAUUUAGUAGAGAAUAUUUAGCUAAUAUAUAAUUACAUUUUGAAAUUAAAUGUAAAAAGCAUUUUGAAAGCAAAUUUAAUUUAAUUGGGAAGAUCAAAAACUGAUGUAAAUAUAUAUAUUAAUCAAUAAUAGUUAACCUACUUAUUAAAAAAUAUUAAUCAAGAUAAACCCAUCCUUAAAGGGGCUUUUGAAUUGUAUUUCUAAACAAAGGAUGAAGCAGAACUAAAGGAUACUAUUAGUCGAAUACUCAAAUUUAGCAAUAUUUGA